CAACCAGUUUCUAUGAAAAUUUUAACAAGUCAACUAAGCCUGAAAGAAAUUCAAAAAAUUUAAAAACCAAUUUACAGAUUCGAGGCUCUCGAAAUGCCUAACGAAAAGCAGUCAAAGGUCAAGAGCACAGUUCUACAAUUUAGCUCCGCUGCUGGCAGCCCAGAAACCAAACGCAAAAUGUUGCUAUACAGGCAGCUGCUGCAGCGUGAGAUCGUUAGGGAUAUGAGGCCUCGACAAGUCGUUAGAUAUCGCCAUCCGAGCCGACAGCAGCAAGUAUUCGAAUCGUAAACACAAUGAAUUUGUAAACUCUGUAGUUAUGUCUCGA